ACAGAGAAGACUUGCUCUCUCCCUCGACCAGAAAAGUUCAAAGUCUGCCUCCACAGCUCCAUAUACUGGACGCAAUCCUCGCCAAGCAUGCUAAUCCACCACCCUCUGAGCGCAACGUGGUAGUAGUGGCACCUCAGCCGGCACCCGCUGCGCGCCACCAUGGCAUCCCGGAGAUCAACCUGGUGUUCCCUCUGUGGCGUCAUCAUCAGCCCCAGUCAAGGCAAUCCAGACGAGACUGCAGACCACGAGCUGAGCUGGCUAAGCGACGUGCGUGUAGUGCGCACCCUGGGCCCCCAAUGGGACGUCAUCAUCACCGGCGUCGGCUAUCUCAGCAAUCGAAAGCAGGUCUGCGCGUCCGCGGACCCUUCGGACCACUGGCGAAUAACACCCAGCCAUACCAGCCAUGAUGACGGCGACGUCAGUGGCAUACCAGCGCAAGCCGGAUUCGCACCUCACCACUCGCUGUACAACAGCUCCCGGAGCUACUGGUGCUUCCCGAUCCACGACAGCUGCUGGCACUUCCUGUGGGACAAGGUCUCGUCAUGCAACCGCGAAGACGUGCCGCAGGAGGCGCUCGCGCGGCACCUGUUUGCGAUAUUCUACAACACGCCCAUCCACGCUUACGAUCAGCUCAUGCCAGGGCACGACUACGGGGGCGCCGCGGGGCUGAGGCAGAUCACUCGCAGGCAAGGGUACUAUUACCAGGUCCGGGCCUCGCAGUACCCGUACCUCAUCGGCAACCCGCACGAGGCGCUCCAGACGGACGAGCACUGCCUGUGGGAAGCGGUGCAGGCUAUCGCGGUGCCGUUCAACAGACCCGAGGUCCACUUGCGGGAUCGUGUUGCCGUCGCCGGGGAGACUGGCGGUGCUGCUGCCGAGGUCGACGGUGCUGAUGACGAUCCGUUCACGCGGCUGCCGUACGAGGUGGUUGUGAUUGUUUUCACGUACUUGCCAAGUGUGGACAUGUGUAAGUUGCGGCUUGCAUCGCGAGCGGCGGCGCAUAUCUCUUCGCCGCAGCGACUACCUCAAGCGUUCUGGCGCAGUCGGUUCGAUCCAGAGUUUGAGAUGGGAUUCGUAUUUGCAGGGGCAUCGCGGCAGACGACAAAGGCACAGAUGGACUGGCGAGAUCUCUAUGUCAAAGCGAGGGCAACACUGAGCGAGUUCGAGCUGUUCCCUGGCUUCAAGAACCGGCAGCGGAUAUGGUUCUCCCUGCACGAUAUUGCAAGCGUGAUCAGGGUCAGGCUCAGGAACAAGGACUGCACCAGCCAGGUCCCUUAUGCGGAAAUGACACCACCGCUGUUGCCAGACGAGAAACAUGGAAGCUGGGUGUGCGCGGAUGCAGCGCUCGCUCCAGGGCCAGCGCAUUCUCUGGCACAAUUCGAGCUCGCGGCAAACUGUCGGCUGAUGGAGAUGCACAAGAUUACUUGGCUCCCGUCGUUCCAAGGGCAAGUCAGGUUGAAAGCUUCAUUUGCGGACUAUUGUGGCAAGACUUAUAUCAGCGGAUUAUGUCUGGAUGGCGUUGCUUCUGACGGGGGUUCGGCUCACAGCGAGAGAGCAGGCUUUGUGAACACGACACGAUUCCAAUAUAUCGAGCUGGACUCGAGCUGGGAGAUUUGGCGGGUUGAGAUUGCUCUCUGCUGUACAGGUCUGAUCGGCGUGCGGCUUCACUUUAGAGGACACGGGUCUACUGUCGUAAAGAGUAUUGGCCAGAUACCGCCGCCAGCCGCAGAUAUAGGGAUUAGCGAUUUGCCGAUUCCUUACAAUGCCCGGAUCUCUGGGCUUGUCGUAGGACUGGAUGCCUUCAAGGUUGUGUCACUAUCAGUCGUGGAGGAAACACAUGCUGGCGCUGUUCACAACGGUACCGCAUUUCCCCUCACAAGAGAAUUUGCACCCCCAUCCGAGAUUUGGAUACCGACCGCGCCAAGGGUGCCAGUAUCGUGGCGCUUCAAGAGUGCGCAGAAGUCACAAUUACAUAACCUGUGCCUGAACAUGGACUUUGGCGGUCACGACGGCAGCCAGCUCCCGAGAUUGACACAAGUCGUGGCACGCAUGACCCAAUAUCCCGCUGUGUUUGCGGGAAUGAAGUUCGUCUAUGUGGACGGCACGGUUAAGGAGUUUGGUGCAAGAAAUGGCUUGCCGGUCGCAGGGGACGUCUCGGACCUGGUGCUCGAGCAGGUCUUCAGCAUCGAUGGGCCUGGUGGAGAGGUUAUUGAUCGAGUGGUCGUCUCUUACUCGAUGGACCAUGAGAACGUUCGCAGGAUCUCAGUCUACACAAACCACAACAGGUCGAUUGACUUUGCGCUGCAGUCGAAGAGCGAGCCCAACGACACGCUGUCGGUCAAAGUCUUCGAGCCCAAGCCAGGAUCACUGCUCACAGCCUUCUUUGCAAAGAUCAAAAUGUCUGCCGUCCUUCCUGGAAGGACGAGCUUGACUUGGCUUCAAUACGACCUUCGUGGCUACUUUCGCAAUUUCUCCGUUGGGACCGCCCCUAAGGAUCCUUUACCUGGUAUUUGCGUGCAGGAAGCCACACAGAGCACAAGCAUCGACCACAUGAUACCCAUCAAUCGCAAAACACUGGCUCCGGUAGAAAUGAUGUUAAGGCAUCACGGCGGCUUCGUGUUCGCGGCAGCUGAUUUAGCGAAUGUGAAGCGGAUCCGAGUCUCCAUCGGUGGCAAGGGUGAUGACCUUCACGCUGACAUGAUCACCGGGUUAUGGAUAGAAUAUCACGACUCAAAUCUCCCUGUCAUCAUUGGGCAGUGGAAGGAGGAAUACGAUACGAUAGAACUCGACGCAGACGAUCGCCUUGUGGCCAUGCAAAUCUGGCACGACUGGAACAGCAUUGACAAACGACUGCCGCUGGGUCCGGUAGUUGGGCUGUUAUUCAGACUUGCGUCAGGGACCGAGAAGAAGAUCGCUCGCCGGUAUGUGGUGGAAAGGGACUGUCUUUCAUUCCGAGAGAACAUGUACGAAAGCAUGACUGGGGUUCUCUGGGGCUGUAACCACAAAUGGGACCACGUGUGGGUGUUGAUGACCCCGAAUCCCAACGUGCCUCGCCUGCUGCUGGUACAAGACACAGCCGACUUAAUCCAGUCUCCGGUCAUGACCGACAUCCUGCAAGAGAAGGUCUUCAUCUUUGGCGAGGGAUUGCCAGAAAAUAACCACAACCCGCUGACGUCGGUAGAGGUGACCUUCUGGAAGCACGACAAGGUGCCGAACAGCAUCAGGCUCUACUUUCGACACGGCCCACCGCGGGUCCUGGGCCAUCCGCAAUCUGUACACCGCCCGCAGAGGAUCGAUCUUGAUGUUGAUGGGGGCGAGGAGUUGACUUCUAUGCGACUUGGCAUUAUCGGGCAUGGCGACACCAGUCAGAUUGCUUUCAUUACAUUCACAACGAACAAGGACCGCAAGCUUGAUUUCCGUGAGGAAUGGUGGUCCGCACCAAGCACGGCCAUCACGCGAUGGCACGAAAAGGUGCCCCUGCACGUAUUCUACCCCUUCGCUCCAGAGACAGCAGAGACAUCGCGACGAGUCGCCGCGGCGCUGGCACGACCCGACACGACCGCCAGUACCGGCGGCGGCGCAGAUGCCUCGAGACCAGCUGCGCCGGGCGGCGCUGGGCGGUACUCGCCCUUCGCAAGCAGCCCCUUGGUGUUCAGAAUGGGCGAGCGGUAUGGCGUGCCUCUAGACCGGGGCCCCGGAGGGACCGCAGGUAACAGAAACAGUAGCACGCCGAACUCGGUGGUGGUGGCGGCGACGACCAUGGUAACGACAAGGAGUCCUGGGCGGGACAAUCCGGGGCAACCAGAACGUGCUACGGAUCGAGCGGCGGCUGCGACGGUAUCUGUCAAGGCCCCAGCCGUUGAUGCCCCCAAGGUCAAGGUCGUUGAUGUCCCCCCAGGAGCAGGACGGUUUGUUGGUCUGUGGGCGCUGGCGAAUCAUGCGCUAGAGUAUCCGUUUCUUGGGCCUAUGUUUGAGGAAGCACCGUCGUCGUCGUCGUCGUCGCCGGCGGCGGACGCGGUGGCAGCGACAUCAUAGUUGGUGGUGACCUUGUCAUCCUCUUUGGCAGCCCGCGAAGUAGAUUGGGGGAAAGUAGCAAACGUGAGGGCGUCAGGAGCUCUGUGUCUUUGAAGAGCUCUUCUGCCCU